UUAAUGAAUGUUACAUAUUAUAGUAGUUGUGUCAUUAAUUGCGUUUGGUCAGCAGCUCAGGAUCAGCGAGCGGACGAUCGCCUCCCACACUGACGCGCGAGCGCACCGCCUCACUAUGAUAUUGAGCCCGAAUGGUGCGCCCGCACAUCGCAAUACGUUAUGAGAACCAAUACUUGAUAGCCAGUGACUAAGUGUCUGUGAAACAACUGACAACAAAAAUUUCAGUGAUUGUGUUGUAUUGUUCAGACAGAUGCCAGUGUGGUUUAAGACAUGACUCGGGACAAUUACGAAAUGAAAAGUAAUCGACUGUCGCGCGGUGGUUCACUAUUCGGUGGUGAUCCCCAAGUACAACUGAGGACGGCAUUGCGUACAAAUGAUAUUGUGACCUUUAAGAAACUCAUCAACUAUGUUGACCUUGAACAUGUUUAUGAAUAUCCAGACUAUAAAUCUUGCCUUGAACUAGCAGUCUCGGAGCCAAAAAAACAAGAUUUCAUAAAACUUCUGUUACAACACCAAGUUCAAGUGAACAAAUGUAAUGAAACUCAUAACGCCGCUCCAAUUCAUUUUGCAGUUGAAAACGGCAACAUAGAAGCACUGAAACUCCUGCUAGAAGAUGAUAGAAUAGAUGUGAAUAUUAAAAGUAAAGGGAACACUGCUUUGUUGUUAGCCAUUAAGAAAAUAGAAGAUCUCGAGGACGAUCGCGAGCGAGAAUUAGAUAUUUAUGAGGAUAUGGUAGAACUUCUUCUUAAAGCUGGAUGCAAUGCAAACUCACCAGAUUUAAAAGGCAUAACACCAGUUUAUUCCGCAGCAAAACAAGGUCUAGAGAGAGUUAUCACCCUGAUUUUGGAUUACUCUAAAGAUCCUAUUGAUCUCGAUAGUUACAAAGAUAGAAGAGGUAAAACGGCACGUGAUUUUUUAAAGGAAGCUUUUCCGCAUUUAUUGGAUAAAUUUAAUUCUUCUUCAGAAAUCGUCGAAACUAUUGAUAAUGAUAAAUUAUUUUCGUUUCUGUCUAGACAUGAAGAAGACAAUUUUAUUCGAGACUUCUCAAAGCUUGUUAAGAAAAAUGAACAUCGACCGGCACUAGCAGCCAAUAAUGGUAUGAAUACUAUGCUACAACUCGCCACAGAAAAAGGACUUGAUAAAGUUGUAGGAACAUUAUUACUAUCAGGAGCAGAUCCUAAUGCCACUUGUUCUGGUAACACAUAUCGACCUAUAGCUAUUGCUUGUCAAUAUGGAUUUUAUAAAAUACUUAAAAGGUUUACAGAAAAUGAUAAUACACUAUUCGAUCCUGUAAAUGAUGAAUCACUUAUCCAGUUAAUUAUAAAAGGGAUGCGAUCAUAUUCAGGAAACUCCAAAGCAGAUUAUAAAAGUUGUUUGGAGUUAUUACUCAGUCAUCCUAAAAAUAAUAUUGAUGUUAAUUAUCGUGACAUAAAAUAUAAUACAGCUUUACAUUAUGCUGCUCGAAAUGGUGAUAAUGACACUGUAUUAGAGUUAUUACGCAAAGGAGCAUGCAUAGGUAUACGCAAUCUAUUUGAUGAACCACCAUUGGCCGAUAUCAAUGCUAAAACGUUAGAAACAUACUUAAAUGAAUGUGUUACGACAAACGGCGAACGACCCAGUGAUGAUGACUACGAAAUACAUAUGAAAUACAGUUUUCUAGUAUAUCCUAAUAAUAAUUCAUUAGAAACAGAACUCACUAAAGUACCUUUAAUGGAUAACUCUAAUAAUAACGUGAAAGAAUAUGAUGCUAUUUUAGCUCCAGAAACAGACGCUCUUUUAUAUAUGACACGAAACGAAGAAUUAAGACCGCUUCUAAAACAUCCAGUUAUCACCAGUUUUCUAUAUUUAAAAUGGCAAAGAAUAAGUUGUCUUUUCUACGCAAAUAUUACCUUUUAUUCUCUUUUAUGGUUGUGUCUGAUUCUUUACAUUAUAUUAGGAUAUGGAGUAGAACACAAACAACCUAAUUCCAUUGAAGCGUUGAAUGUAAUUACUCACAUUGGUGCCAUAAUUGGAUUAAUACUCUUAGUUAUAAGGGAACUGUUCCAGCUAUUGGUUGCACCAAUAAGGUAUUUGCAGAGCAUCGAGAACUGGAUGGAAAUAGCAUUAAUAAUUGUAACCACGUGGAUCGUAUGUUACGAUUCUGCACCAGAAUCAACAAAGCAACAAUUAUCAGCUGUAGCUAUUUUAUUAUCAUCUGCAGAAUUAGUUCUUCUAAUUGGUCAAUUUCCGACAUUAUCAACAAAUAUUGUAAUGUUGAGAACUGUUUCAUGGAACUUCUUCAAAUUUCUCCUUUGGUAUUGUAUUUUAAUAAUUGCCUUUGCACUUAGUUUCUACACAUUAUUUAGACAAGAAAUCGAUGAUGACAAAAAAGCUCCAAACCCUAAUUGUACUGGAAAAGAAGAAGACGAGGAGGAAGACUUUUUCGUGGAUCCAGGGAGAUCACUGUUUAAAACCAUCGUUAUGUUGACAGGUGAAUUUGAUGCAGGUUCAAUUAAGUUCGGUACAUUCCCCGUAACAAGUCAUAUUAUAUUUAUUGUAUUUGUUUUUAUGAUUCCUAUUGUACUAUUUAAUUUGCUUAAUGGUCUAGCAGUCAGUGAUACUCAAGCAAUAAGGGCUGACGCGGAAUUAGUUGGCCAUAUAUCUCGAAUCAGAUUGAUAUCAUAUUUUGAGAGUGUACUUAUAGGGAACGAAACCAGUUACGCGAGACCAUGGAGAUGUUGGUCAUGGUUGCCGACAGAUAUACAAAAUUUACAUAUAAUAAAGCCUAAAACGUUAUGCAUAAAACCUUUCGCAAAACGAAUAACUCUUUUUCCACAUUUUUUGCCUAAAUACCGCAUUAUUGUAAAACCAAAUCAAGACAACAGAAUAGAGAUACCAAGGCCAGAACCUUUGGGAAAGUUUGAUGACGAUGAUGAAGAUAUUGAAACAGGCAGAUGUUGCUUAGAACGUUGUAGGAAUUAUAGACUAGAUAGAAGUAUCGUGAAGAAUGCAAAAACUGUGAUCACUACUAUGGCAAAUGUUUCAGAAUCUGACGAAAUAAAGGCCAUAUUUACUCAAUAUGAGAGAAAAAUUGAAAACCUCCAAAACCUAUUAGAAAAAGUUCUGGAUAAAUUAGAAUCUCGUCCAUAUUAAUCUUUUUUUUUAACAGUAAUAUUAAAUUAUUUCCGACUCAGUAUUUUUUACGGAAAAAAUCAGUAAUAUGAACUGCGACAAGAAUAACUUAUAUAAAUGUUGUACCUACUAGUAGAUAUAAACCAUACAUGCGGAAUCCAAGAGUCCAUCCAUGUUAUUAAUAUAUUCUAAUCAAUAAAUACCUAUUAUUAUUAAUAGAAAUUAGGUAUUAAAAAGAUUUGUCUUUGAAGAUCUUAAUACGUUAUUAUAAUGCUAAAUUAUUAAAUAUGUUACAUUGUCAUAAGCAUUUAUUUUUAUUAAACUAAUAUAAAUUGUU